CGGAACAAUUAAAGAGGCUACCGGUACCCAUCUGCUCUUUUCUACUUUCUCACUCCAUCUGAGAUACAGCAGCUUCGCUUCACCACCACAAUCUCAGCGAUAUUCUUUAUCCACAUCCCAUGUUGAUGACGUUCGGCAAGCAAACUCAACAGCAAUCCUCACCUUCGAGUCUCUUUUCUAUCCGCGGCUCACUCCUUUUCCUCGCAAUUUUAACAUUACUCUCUUUUACCUAUCUCGCCAUCAAAUACUCCGCUCCCGCACCUCAGGUUUCCGUCGCUAAACUGAUCGAUGCUGAAGUGAAAAAUGCGGUUACGGAGGAGGAGAAGGACGAGGAAUUUUCUGACAUAUAUCACUCGCCGCAUGUGUUCAAGUUAAAUUACGCGGAAAUGGAGAAGAAAUUCAAGGUGUAUAUAUAUCCCGACGGGGAUCCCAACACGUUUUACCAGACGCCCAGGAAGCUUACUGGCAAGUAUUCGAGCGAAGGAUACUUUUUUCAGAAUAUAAGAGAGAGUCGAUUCCGUACUGAUGAUCCAGAUCAGGCCCAUCUCUUUUUCAUUCCGAUCUCAUGCCACAAGAUGCGAGGCAAGGGCACAUCUUAUGAGAACAUGACCAUAAUUGUGCAAAAUUACGUGGAGGGCUUAAUAGCCAAAUAUCCUUAUUGGAACAGAACCUUGGGUGCAGAUCACUUUUUUGUCACCUGUCAUGAUGUUGGUGUAAGGGCAACAGAAGGACUUCCACUCCUUGUAAAGAAUUCCAUACGAGCUGUAUGCUCCCCUAGCUAUGAUGUUGGAUUUAUUCCACACAAAGAUGUUGCUCUUCCUCAAGUACUGCAGCCGUUUGCUCUUCCAGCUGGAGGCAAUGAUAUAGAAAAUAGGACAAAUCUUGGCUUCUGGGCUGGUCAUCGAAACUCCAAAAUUAGAGUUAUCCUUGCACGUGUAUGGGAAAAUGACACAGAGCUUGAUAUUUCAAACAAUAGGAUUAGCAGGGCUGUUGGGCCUCUGGUAUACCAGAAAAGAUUUUACAAGAACAAGUUUUGCAUUUGCCCUGGAGGUUCACAGGUCAAUAGUGCUCGGAUAACUGACUCUAUUCAUUAUGGAUGCAUUCCUGUGAUAUUGUCAAAUUACUACGACCUGCCUUUUAAUGAUAUUCUUGAUUGGAGUAAAUUCUCCGUCGUACUCAAGGAGAGUGAUGUUUAUCAUCUUAAGCAAAUCCUGAAAAACAUAUCCUAUGAAGAUUUUGUUGCACUUCAUAAGAAUGUCGUAAAGGUUCAGAGACAUUUCCAGUGGAACACGCCUCCCAUAAGCUAUGACGCAUUCCAUAUGGUAAUGUAUGACCUUUGGUUGCGCCACCAUACUAUCAAAUAUUGAUACCGUAAAUUCAUUCAUUCUGUAUACUUAACAGUUUUAACACUCGGAAACGUUGUACAUAAAACUGUAUGUUGCUUAACGUUUUACCAGUGGGGAGAUUUUGAUUCAUUUGUUCUUACUAUUUUAGGAUUGCUCCCCUUUCAGGCCUAUAAUUUAUGUAUAUUUUUCUUUAUUUUCCUCUUCGAGUCUGCUGUAAAAGUCAGUUUUGUUGUGAAAACGUUUUGCUUUCAAGAGUUUCUGUUGUUAGUCUGUGUCUGUGGAAUUAUUAACGGUGGUUAUAGUUCAACUAA